UUCAACUCGGCACUCGAGCUGAGAAGACGCACAAGAGAGCCUGAGAACCUUUUGCAUCUUUUGUGAAAAUAAGAACGAACGAAUCGAUACUCUUUAACCAUCACACAAGUACUUCAUUUUAUUUUUACUAUUUAAAUCCCCAUAAUCGCUCCGAAUUAAACAUCACAAUACGAAAUACACACAUUCCCCAUCCCAGGAAAAAAAAACAUUUGAAAGAUCAUUGAAAAAAGUUUCAAGAAAAAUAAAAAGAAAAGUGCGUGAUCUUCUUGAGAAUUUAUCCUUCGCGAUUGACCAAGUUCUCGGAGAGGGAGUUAUGAAGUGGAUGCUUUGCAUUGCAGUGCAAAAGAGCAUCGGUGUUCAUGAACUACCCACCCGAUCGCGAUCGUAUUGGGUCAAUGGGGCACCGACGGUGGAUGACUGUUGAGAGUGUGUCGUGAUCAAGUAAAAAGCCCCAUCAAAAGAACUCUUUCAUUUAAAAUUUAAAAAAAAACAUCGUAUCCUUCAUCUCCUGUUCGUGAUUUCUGUGAAGUGAUCAUCCAUCCAAGUGAAGAUCGCACGAGUGACGAACUUUUUUUGGAUAAUUCCCCAACAUACAGCCUUCAGCGUCUCUGUGGAUUAAUUAACUCAAAAGAUCCGUGCCGCACUGAGGUGAUUCUGCGAGAGAGAGAGAGAGAGUAGCUCUAUGAGGAUGCACCGGACGGCGGAAAUGAUCACGCUGGAUCAAUCACCCGUGGCUGAUCCCACCGCUGACACCAACAACAACACCCCAACUAAGAAGAAUGAAAAGUAUUCGCUGCGGCAGCGCCAGAAGAGGGACUCUGCACGGCAUAUGGGGACACAGAACACCUCUGGGACGUCAUCGCCGGAGGUGCGUGGUGUCCGGGAGAAGCCCAAGUCGAAGGCAGCACCCCUGAGCAAGUACCGGCGGAAAACGGCUAAUGCGCGCGAAAGGACGCGAAUGCGGGAAAUUAAUACGGCAUUUGAGAGUCUGCGCCAGUGUGUACCAAUUUCAAUGGCCGGCGCCGCUCAGGCGUCAUGUUCGUCGUCGACGAAUGAAAAACUAACGAAGAUCACCACCCUACGGCUCGCCAUGAAGUACAUCAGAACACUGAGCGAGUGCCUGUCGCGAAAUGCGUCCAGUGAUAGUAGCCUCUUAGUCAAUAACAAUAGCCUAAGUAUUAACAAUAAUGCCAAGCCUGAGGAUGCAGACAUGAUGGUGGAUCGUGUGAAGAUGACCCCGCGCUCUGGGCAGAGUGUCAAGGAGCAGAGGCUCAAGAAGGAUCUCAGUCCCUGCCUCACACCACCCAUGGACGAUAGUCCGGCCGAUCUGGGGCUAAUCCUCGAAUCGGACGGUGAAAGUCUCCAACUGUCUGAACCCUGCCUCAGUCCCCUGGGGCAGAGUAUGAAGCCCUUCCAUUGUACCCCCAGUGAAAGCUUAGAACUUGGGCUCUUCCUUGAGUCAGACAGUGAAUCCCUGCAGCUGUCCGAGCCCUGUCUCAGCCCCCUCGGGCACCUUGAUCCCUUCGGCGACGACUGGAUCCACUCAGGCUUCUCCGAACAUUCCGCCCUCGAUAUCUACCUAACGUGACCUACAUCGGUGUCGUGUAAAUAGACCCAACCUCUCCCCCAUAAAUUGCCAUCC